AAUAACUUUCAAUAUACUCAAUACAACACAGUCGAGGCUUGUUGGAGCGUAUACGUGUCAGCCAACAUGCAGUGCAGAUUUUUCCGUCCAGUGUCGUUGUUUAGAUUAAUCCAAACGUUUUCUCCACACAGUUUCACUUCUCUCCGAAUUUCCGCACCUGGGAGUACUCUGCAACGUGUGAAUUACCAGUCGACUGAAGUUGAAAAGAAACUUUUUACACCAGGUCCUCUAUGCACCACAUCGACAGUGCGUGAAGCUAUGUUAAAAGAUCUAGGUUCGCGAGACAUUCAAUUCAUCCAAUGUGUAAGAAAUAUUCGACAGAAAAUUCUGGACAUCGCACAAGUAAGCAAUCUUGAAUAUACGUCAAUACCACUCCAAGGCAGCGGAACUUACGCUGUCGAAGCAGUCUUUCAAUCAACAGUUCCUCGGAGUGAUGGUAAAGUUCUGAUCUUAGAAAACGGUGCCUACGGUAAACGUAUCGCAAAAAUCUGUGAAGUCGCAGGUAUUUCAAAACGUGUACUGAGCUUCCCUGAAAGCUCUGCUGUAAAUGUUAAUGUUGUUGAAGAUGUUUUGAAAGAUGAUCCCUCAUUUACUCAUGUCGCUAUUGUUCACUGUGAAACAAGUUCUGGAGUUUUCAACCCGAUUGUGGAUGUCGGGCAGAUCGUCAAAAAAUACCUUCAGAAUUGUAUUUAUUUUGUGGAUGCAAUGAGUAGUUUUGGUGCAGUUCCGCUUGAUUUCGCCGCCGGUGACAUUGACUUCAUGGUCAGCUCAGCAAACAAAUGUUUACAAGGUGUUCCUGGUUUCUCUUACGUAGUUGCAAAGACUAGAAAGUUAUUAGAAUGCCGUGGAUAUUCUCGCUGUCUUACUUUGGAUCUUUAUGAUCAAUAUCAAAACUUAGAAGCGACAGGCCAGUUUCGAUUUACUCCGCCAACACAUACGAUGCUGGCAUUUCAGCAAGCUAUCGUGGAAUAUGAAAAAGAAGGUGGCUUGAAAGGAAGGUCAGCUAGAUAUAUGGAAAAUCGAUCUAUUUUGGGAAAAGGUAUGAAAACACUUGGUUUCAAAGAGUUACUGACAGAUCCAAAUCAGGCAAAUUAUAUCAUAACUUCAUUUUUCUUUCCCAGCGAUCCACAUUUUGAUUUUAAUACAUUCUACAGCAAAUUAAACGAUUUAGAUUUUGUAAUAUACCCUGGCAAAGUAUUGGAAGCGAACUGCUUUCGAAUUGGAACAAUUGGUGAGGUUUACCCCUCUGAUGUUAAGGAGUUAUUAAAAGCUAUCAAAACGGUUUGCCUCGAAAUGAAUAUUACACUCCCUUUGGACGAUUAAUUUCAAACUAUUUAGAUAAAAACUUUGUUACUUUAUAUCUAUUUUCAUAUCUAAUUUUACAUUAUUGGCGUUGAGGGUGCUAAGUUUUCUAAUCAUGAGCUUUGUGUGUGUGUGUGUGUGUUUGCGAUUGCGCUGGUGUUUAUCAGUCGCUGUUAUAUUUCUCUAAUAAGUAUCUUGAUUUGAGGGUGUAUGCUGAAAUGUAAGCGUUUACACCUUGGAUGAGCAAUUUCAACGCUCUG